UUUACUUAAAUAAGAGCACAACCCAAAACGUGCCUUCUUAUCAAAAAAUCUAUUUUCUUACCAAAAUCCGCAGCCCACGCCCACUGGCUCUCUCCAUUCCAAAUCUUCAUAUAUAUAUAAAAAAACGAACACUCCAUCACCACCACAAACACUACAAACACUUCUGUUUGUAUUGAAUAAUUGAGUUUGAGAUAUAUUGAUCGAACACCAUCGGCCAAAAAAGCUUCCUCCAAGCUAUCAUUUUCAUGCACAUCGUGUUAGAGAAGAUUUGAAGGUGUGAGCCCAUGGAAUUAGAGAUAAAAAAAAUAUAUAUAUAAUAGAAUGGUAGAUAGUCACAUGAGCAAUAGCGAAUAAUUAGGAAAAUAUUAAUAAUAAUUAUUAAAUAAUAUUAAUUUUAGAAAGUUGAUGAAAGUAUGGCUUUGGAAUUAGGCCAUCUUCUUCCCUAUAAAUUGGUCAAAAGUCAAACUCAGGCCAGGGCAGAAGUAGGUUCUUCAGUAAUCUCAAAAUCCAAUUCGUAUUCCUAUUCAUAUUAUUAUUUGGUUAAUAAUAAUAAUAAUAAUAUUAAUUACUGUAAUAAUAAGAAUACGAAAAACGAGUGGAGAUUUGUGAAGCGGGAUUGGAAAAUCAUGGCUCGUAAUCCUAAUCCCAACGAUAACGAUGUCAGAACUAUCAAUCAACUUCGUCAUGUGGAUUCCAUGGGCACCAUGCCUUCCGGCGCCGGAAAAACCCCCCGUUUGAACGCUGUCAUUCUCGGUGAGGCAUUAGCUUCUGAGGAAAGCGAUCUCGUCUUUCCAACAGAUGAAUUCUCUCAACAGGCUCAUGUUCCUUCUCCGCAAAAGUACCUGGAGAUGUACAAAAGAUCGAUCGAGGAUCCCGCUGGGUUUUGGUCGGAGAUUGCGUCUCAAUUCUACUGGAAACAGAAAUGGGAGGACAGUGUUUACUCGGAGAAUCUCGAUGUCAGCAAAGGAAGAGUCAACAUUGAGUGGUUCAAGGGAGGUGUUACCAACAUUUGUUACAACUGUUUGGAUAGAAAUGUGGAAGCUGGACUUGGUGACAAAGUUGCCUUGUACUGGGAAGGCAAUGACACUGGAUUUGAUGACUCUUUAACUUUCUCUCAACUUCUCCACAAAGUUUGCCAGCUUGCAAAUUAUUUGAAAGAUAUAGGAGUUAAAAAGGGUGAUGCUGUUAUCAUUUACUUGCCCAUGCUACUGGAGCUUCCCAUCACAAUGCUUGCAUGUGCUCGCAUUGGCGCUGUCCAUUCGGUUGUUUUUGCUGGAUUUUCUGCGGAAUCUCUUUCUCAGAGAAUCAUAGAUUGCAAACCAAAAGUUGUUAUCACUUGCAAUGCUGUUAAAAGGGGUCCUAAGAUCAUUAAUCUCAAAGAUAUAGUUGAUGCGGCCCUUGUUGAAUCUGCCAAAACUGGCAUCCCCAUAGAUACAUGCCUUGUAUACGAAAAUCAAUUGGCUAUGAAGAGGGAUAUUACUAAAUGGCAAGAAGGAAGAGAUAUAUGGUGGCAGGAUGUCAUCCCUAAAUAUCCAACUCAUUGUGAAGUGGAGUGGGUUGAUGCUGAGGAUCCACUAUUUCUGCUAUACACUAGUGGGAGCACUGGAAAACCCAAGGGUGUUCUUCAUACAACUGGAGGAUAUAUGGUGUAUACUGCAACAACAUUCAAAUACGCAUUUGACUAUAAACCAUCUGAUAUAUACUGGUGUACAGCUGACUGUGGUUGGAUCACUGGGCACAGCUAUGUCACUUAUGGACCGCUGCUCAAUGGAGCAACUUGCAUAGUUUUUGAAGGGGCUCCUAAUUAUCCUGAUUCAGGACGCUGUUGGGACAUUGUAGAUAAAUACAAAGUUACAAUAUUUUACACUGCCCCCACAUUGGUGCGGUCCCUCAUGCGUGAUGGUGAUGAGUAUGUAACUCGCUACUCAAGAAAAUCCUUACGGAUCCUUGGCAGUGUUGGUGAACCUAUCAAUCCAAGUGCAUGGAGGUGGUUUUAUAAUGUAGUUGGAGACUCAAGGUGCCCUAUUUCUGAUACAUGGUGGCAAACGGAAACUGGUGGCUUCAUGAUUACUCCGUUACCAGGUGCCUGGCCUCAGAAGCCUGGUUCUGCAACAUUUCCUUUCUUUGGAGUUAAGCCUGUUAUAGUGGAUGAGAAAGGUGUUGAGAUUGAAGGGGAGUGCAGUGGAUAUUUGUGUGUGAAAGGCUCUUGGCCUGGAGCAUUCCGAACCCUCUAUGGUGACCAUGAGCGAUAUGAAACCACUUACUUUAAGCCUUUCACUGGUUAUUACUUCACUGGUGAUGGCUGCAGCAGGGACAAGGAUGGAUACCACUGGCUUACAGGAAGAGUUGAUGAUGUUAUAAAUGUCAGUGGACAUCGUAUUGGUACAGCAGAAGUUGAAUCUGCUCUGGUUUCACAUCCCAAGUGUGCAGAAGCUGCUGUGGUUGGUGUUGAGCAUGAGGUGAAAGGGCAGGCUAUAUAUGCAUUUGUUACUCUGGUUGAAGGUGAACCUUACAGUGAAGAACUACGAAAGAGUCUCAUCCUUACUGUAAGAAAGCAGAUAGGAGCGUUUGCCGCACCAGACAGGAUCCACUGGGCGCCUGGGCUUCCAAAGACAAGGAGUGGAAAAAUUAUGAGGAGGAUUCUGAGGAAAAUUGCUUCUGGACAGUUAGGUGAGCUUGGAGACACGAGCACACUUGCGGACCCUAAUGUAGUCGAACAGCUCAUUUCACUUUCGAAUUGCUGAAAACAUUUCUGGCGAGGGAGGAUCAGCUCUACAUAGGGAUUCGUAAGUUGAGGAUUUCAAUUUUUCUAGAGAAAAAUAAAUUAAAAAAGUCUUGAUUUGUUUUUGUAUUAUGUGUUAGAGUUGAGUAUUUAUUUCUUCCUUAUUACCAUUUAAUAAUAAAGAUGGUUUGGCAACGUAAUAA